UAAAGUCCAUUGUUGUUGGUUGCAAAUUAGUAUAUAAUAUGAUACAAUAUCUCAUUUGAAGAUGUGAACAACAUCAACUAUCCACCAAAAACUCUUUUUCCGUUCCGGUUAACAACCCAACCCGAACGGAAACCCGAAAAAACAAAGAUGGCAUUCACCGAAUCCGAUUCAACUCUUCUUCUACCAUCAGGCUCUGGUACAAAGGAAAAAGCACCAGAAGACAAAUGGCAUUUAGCGUACAUGAUCUAUUUCUUCCUCGGCUUUGGUUAUUUACUUCCAUGGAACGCAUUCAUCACAGCCGUUGAUUACUUCUCUUACCUUUAUCCUGAUGCAAGCGUGGAUCGCAUCUUCGCCGUUGUUUAUAUGCUCGUUGGUCUCUUUGGUCUAAUGGUUAUUAUUCUGUAUAGGCACAAAUCUCAUGCCUAUGUUAGGAUUAACUUGGGUCUUGCUCUUUUUGUUGUUUCGUUACUUGUUGUUCCUUUGAUUGAUGCGUUUUAUGUUAAGGGUCGGGUUGGGUUUUAUGGUGGGUUUUAUGUUACUGCCGGAGCACUUGGGAUUUCUGGCGUGGCUGAUGCUUUGGUGCAGGGAUCUAUUGUGGGUUCUGCCGGUGAGUUGCCGGAGAGGUACAUGCAAGCUGUCAUCGCUGGGACUGCUGCUUCUGGGGUGGUUGUUUCUUUCCUAAGGAUAUUUACGAAAGCUGUUUACACACAAGAUGUCUCCGGCUUGCAAAAGAGUGCAAAUCUCUACUUUGGUGUAUCAAUUGUGAUUAUGUUCAUAUGCAUGGUUUUAUACAGUCUAGCAAACAAACUACCCAUUAUGAAGUACUAUGAUGAAGUUAAGAUUCAGGCAGUUGCAGUAGAAGACGACGAUGGUCCUUUGACUGGAUCCGUAUGGAGGUCGACUGUAUGGGAAACUGUUGGAACAAUCAAGUGGUAUGGAUUUGGCUUGAUACUCAUUUAUGUUGUGACUCUUGCGAUAUUUCCUGGGUACAUUACUGAAGAUGUCCACUCUGAACUUCUCAUGGAUUGGUAUCCGAUUCUCCUUAUCACUUGCUUUAAUGUGUUUGACCUUGUUGGCAAAAGCUUUACUGCAGUAUACCUUCUAGAGAAUGCAAAAAUUGCUAUAGGAUGUUGCGUAGCACGACUGUUGUUUUUCCCUCUCUUCUUAGGGUGCUUACAUGGUCCGAAAUUCUUCCGGACAGAGAUUCCUGUUACAGUACUGACUUGUGUUUUAGGGCUUACAAAUGGAUAUCUUACUAGCGUAUUGAUGAUUUUAGCUCCUAAAACUGUGAAGUUGCAGCAUGCAGAGACUGCAGGGAUUGUGAGCGUGUUAUUCUUAGUUGUUGGUCUUGCUUCUGGGUCUAUUAUAGCUUGGUUUUGGGUCAUCUGACCUGUAAAUUUGUAUAUAUCUAAGAUCUCCAAAACCUAAAUCAUCUAUUGUUGGCUUCACUCAACAAGAAAUCAAACAGGGAUUGGUUUUUCUUAAUUUGUUUAUCGAACAAGCGAAAACUUGUAAAAAUGUAUAAGAAAUAAUGUUGUUUUCUUUCCUUCAUUGCAAAAUCACUUUUACAGCCACAA